GUAAUAUUUUUCAGUCGCCAGCUGGAUAUCAUGUUGCGCCUAAGUUUGUUAUGCGUCGUGGCUGGCGUGGCUGUGUCGGCGGUCGCAGCGGAGGACACUAUAGGCGUUGUCGCCCGGAUUCCCUAUUCCGAGAAGUUGAGGCUGGUCCAACAAGCCAUUACAAGGAUGGGCGAACAACUAGUGUGGUACAAGCCCAGAGUAGACACUCGAGAGUUCCACUAUCUUCUAGUGGUAGGAGUGGUGGACCACGCAGCCAAGCGUCUUGUAAAAUCCAGACGGUCUGCGCCAGAAGAAUUAAUAAAUGCCCUAAACAUAGAAUUGCCAAGUGUUUACCGAGAUCCGAAGGGGGUGAGUUACGACGUGAGAGAAGAUGUGAACAAUGUUACGGAUGCCCUGAAACCGCUGGUUGAACUGAAGGCGCAGUAUUGCGAGAACUUGGACGACAAAGACUGUGACAAAGUAGUUGAACUGAAUGUGCUAAACUCACCAACAGACCUAAACGUGGCUAAAGCUGUGAUUGUCUUAGAGUCAGCUGCAAAAGUCGCCAGUUCCUACCUCGAAAUUCAGGAAAAAUUAGUUACUGCGGCCAACGAUUUAUCAAGUUUGGGUUAUCUUAUCAAGAACCGUGACACACUGGCAAAAUUGGUUGACAAACAUGCACUCGUUUUGAAUGAUUUAAAUCUUUUGCUUUAAAAAGGAUUUUUAAAACUUAGAUUUGCUAUCCCUUGUCGAAGUUAUGUGCAAUUAAUUGGUAUCGUCCGUUCCGUAUAAAUAAAUUGAACAGUUAUUACAUUCAUAAAAUACGUCCACGAAACUCGAACCUGAUUUUUUGAAACACCAUUUAAAUUUUUAAAUUUUCUUGGCAAGGGAUCUGGAAGGACCUGAAAAUUGAGUUAGUUGUUUGGGAUCAAAAUAACUUAAAUGUAGACUAGUAUUUAGCUAUAAGUUUUGACUGUGGUUACCAUCUGUAAAAUAAAUUUGAGCAUUAAAAAAAGGUUUUUUUUUCA